AAUGAUCACUGCUUACAACUCUUUAAUCUUGAAUACCGGCAUGUGCAGAGAAGUUAGAACAAGCAGGAUUAUUGAAUGAUGAUAUCUGCGCCUGUCUGUUUUUUCAGGGACUACUGUAAGAACCAUGCAGGGCUUUGUACACGCGCUUAUCAUCUAGAGCCAACUCGCUGUGUAUGUGGUGACCAUAACGGACAGUGUCCACACUGCAGUAAGUGACAUUGACAGCUAUGGAUUCCAAAGGUCUGCAGACUUUGAUCACAAGAGGUACGAUGAGUUCAUGUCUGAGUACUUGCCUGUGAUGACUCGAAGAGAGAUGAGAUGGAGAAACCAUUUUGGGGAGAAUUCUUCAAUUAAUAAAACCAGAACAUUGAAAAGAUUUUGCAGGAAAGGAAUACCUUCUUCACUUCGACCAAAGGCCUGGCUGUGUCUGAGUGGUGCAGCAGACAGGAUGGAGGCCAACUCUUACCUGUAUCAACAGCUGCUCGCAGGGAGCCAUCCUGCAGAACUGAAGGAAACCGUCUCGUUGGAUAUUCACCGGACGUUCCCAGACAACUUGUACUUCAUGAGUGAGACAGACAGUCGUGGACUUCGUAAACCACUCUACAACAUCCUUUUGGCCAUCGGAACACGUAACAAAACAGUUGGCUACUGCCAGGGUAUGAACUUUGUUGCUGGAUUGCUGCUGAUAGUGAUGAAGGAUGAAGACAAGAGGGAGGAGAAAGUCUUCUGGCUCAUGGAUACCCUCAUUAAUAACAUCCUGCCAGACUACUAUCAUCCUAACAUGUAUGCUGUUAAACUGGACCAAGAAGUGCUGGGUGAACUGGUGAAGUGGAAGUGCCCGGAGUUGGGAAAGCAUUUGGAAGACCUUGGUCUGCACUGGUGUCUUAUUGGGAUGAAGUGGUUCAUCUGCCUCUUUGCUGAUGUCUUACCAACUGAUACUGCCCUACGUAUCUGGGACUGCAUGUUCUGUGAGGGUAUGAAGGUGCUACUGCGUGCGGCACUCGUCCUAGUGCUCAACAACAAGGACAAAAUUCUCAAGUGCACCAACUUUAUGGAGGUGACAGACCUCUUCAAGAACAUAGUGGACAGCAAGGACAGUCUCCACUGCCAUACAUUCCUACAGAGCAUGUUUGAGGAUAUUGGCAGCCUGUCAAUGUCACGGAUCUCCAAACUCAGGAAGGACUGCCAGAGCAGGGUCUAGAAGAUCCCCACAUGUGCUGUAGAAAUACUCGUGUAAGGUCUGGUAAUCAGAAAGCAUCUUUAUUUAAUUUAUGAUGAUCUUACAAAUGAUCUUACAAAUGGAAAUUUCUUUAAAACUUACUUUAUAAUGCAAUCGUAAAUCAUAAACACUGUGCAACAGGAGUUGUUAUAUUAAAAGUGCAUUACUUGAAUGAUGUUUGAGAAGUAUGAUAACAUGUGUCAGUCUGAAACAAAUUAUGAAAUUAGUGAAGAAUUAAGAAAUAACUUAAGAUGCUUUUUGAAUACUGCCCCUUGUCUUUUAGGAGUUUUUGGGACAUAAGACUGCCUUAGAGUAUUUUAUGUUCGUGUUCUAUAUGACAUGUUUCAUAUGUGUACAUAUGAUGGCUGUAGAUGCUAUUUGGCAUUCAAUAAUUCCCUAAGUGAUAUGUGGUUUGAUAUUUUUUAUGAAAUUCUACAUGGUUCAAAAGUUUACGUUGCCGACUGUUUCUUUAUUUUGGCAAUCAUUUAGUCCCUGUAUUGGUGAUGAUGCUUUUUCUGUUUUACAGUGAAGACAAAAUUACUGUAUAAUGGUUUAAAUUUGGUAUUAGUGGUUAUGGAUAUAUAUGAUUUUUUUAAAACAUUGUCUUGCCUAUAUAGUUACUGCAUUUAUGAAGUGUAAUUAGGCAUGUUUUUUUAAGUUUCUUCAAAAUGUCUAGCUUUGUCCAUACAUGUUCAAAGUUGUUGUUUUCAUUAGCAUAGUUUUACAAACUUACAAUGUACUAAGACAUUCAAUGGACUUCAAAGCUACACAUAUAUAUUUUAAAAUGUACAAUUCAGAAACAAGAUUGUAUAAGUUGAAUCAUUAAACAUGCAUUUGUCUUUAGUAAUAGGUUAUAGUUUAAAUGUUUAAGUAUUUUGUUAAUAUACAUACCAAUGCAGUAUUAAUUUGCUUUAGUCCAAACUCGAGAUUAAUGUAAGAUUGUCUUCUCUACAGUCACAUGAUGUAUUAAUUGUUAAUACAAUGUGUUACAGACCAAAAGUGUAUACCUUUUUAUGUCCCCCAGUCUAUACUAGGGGACAUAUUGUUUUUGCCCUGUCUGUUGGUUUGUUGGUUUGCGUCAAACAUUAACAUUGGCCAUAACUUUUGCAAUAUUGAAGAUAGCAACUGGAUAUUUGGCAUGCAUAUGUAUCUCAUGGAGCUGCACAUUUUGAGUGGUGAAAGGUCAACGUCAUCCUUCAUGGUCAAGGUCAAAGGUCAAAUUUUGCAACAUUGAAGAUAGCAUCUUGAUAUUUGGCAUGCAUGUGUAUCUCAUGGAGCUGCACAUUUUGAGUGGUGAAAGGUCAAGGUCAAGUCAUCCUUCAAGGUCAAAUAUCAAAUUCAAAGAUCAAAUAUAUGGGGGGACAUAGUGUUUUACAAACACAUCUUGUUAUUAAUGAUAUUUUGAAUUUUUGAAAUUAAGUUGUUGUUUGUUUAAAAUUUUCGAGGUGAACUUUUUGUUGAUGAUAUAAUAUAAGCAAUAAACUGAGUUCAAUAGGUAAAAAUGGUUUUUAUUGUAGACAUCUUUUUAGUUUCUUUAUGGAUGAGUAGAUUUUUACGUAUUUUUUAUUGUUAUAAGGGCUAUUGAAUUAUGUGUAAUAUUAUGUUGUAAUGAAUACUCUUUUUUGUGCAAUUUGUUCAACAGGGUGUAUUGUUUUUGGUGUUAUGUGUUUUAAAUAUAAGUGCCAUCAUGUGUAUUUUGAGCUUUGUUGAUCAACCAUCCUCAAUGAAUUAUGUAUUUUUGUAUAAUUUUUUUUUUGUUUUAAUGUUUUAUUUUAUUGAAUUUCUUAAUUUCUCACAUAAAUCCAAGAUAGAAGAACAAAUAUUUCACCAGCAUCAAAAGUAAAGAAAAUAAGUAGCUCUUGUCAGGGUUGAAACUUUUGGCAUCAGGAUCAAAAUGCUUGUGUCUUAACUGUUUGGCCAUCUUAACAGGUAUUAUUCCUGUAACCUCAUUUACAACUUGUUUGUCUGGAAUUUUAACAAAAAAUUUCACAAUAGCUGGAUAAAUGUUUUUGAUUUUAUCUUAUUGCUGUUUCUGAAAACAGUCCCUUUAAUCUUUAUGAUCCUUAUUUAUAUCAUAUACAUUUAAAACCAUACUCUGUGUUUUAUAUAUUAUUGAAGUCAUUUGAUUUUUAUUGGUCAACAUAUUAUUUUAUUAUUUUAUUCUUUUACAUUUACCUUUCAGACGAUUAAUUCCAAUUCAAUGCUCAAUGAUAUAUGUGCAAGUUUAUUUUGUGUAAGAUUUUCUUGCAUUGUCAUACAUUACACAGUGUAGCAACUGACACUAGGAAACUCAAACUACUCAUUUCAAAAGUUUUUAUUAUAGUCUAUGAAAUCAGUCAAAAUAUUUUCAGUCUUAAUAUAUUUAUCUGAAUUGCAAUGUUAAUUAUGUAUCGUAUUUGCAAGUUAACUUGUUGUUAUCAUGUCUUUUACAUAGAAUGUAAGCCAAUUUUAUCAUAAAAUUGAUGUAUUUUUAUUUCAUGCUAGGCAGUAAAUACGUGGAGAAUACCAGCGAAUAAUAAGCUGAUAACCUUACUCAAGCUUGAGUGAAAUGAUAAAGUUUUACCAUUUAACUCUGCAUUGGUGCGAAGUUUUUAGGGAAGAUUUUUGAUUUUAGGGAAGAUUUUUGAGAGAAAAAACACUCAAUUUAACAGCAUGUUAAAAAACUUAUCAACAAUGUAACAUUCAAUGUAUUUAACAAUUGCAAACUAAUUCUAAAAUUCAAAUAUUUUAUAUUACCACUGAUGAAAUGAUGAUACAAUCUUACUCUAAAAUCAACAAAUAUCAUUUUAUAUUGAUGGGUGAAGUGCAAUAUACUACUUGAUUUAACUAUGAAUAUUAUUGCUUAAAUUAAUAUAGUUUCAAUUAAAUCUAAUACAUUAUUAUUACUCAGAAAUAUCAGAGAAAUUAAGUCAAGGAAAUAUUGCGACAUUGUACUAUGGAAUAGAUGGCCACCCUUAGUUAGUAAGUCAGUUUUUGUGUUUCAACAAACAUGUUUUUAUUUUGUAUUUUUUCCAUUUUAUCAAUGUUUUAUGUCUACUGAACUGGUUGGUAAAGAUCAUAACCUUGACACAAAAAUGAUAAACAGAACAGACAAAGCAUGAUUUGUACAUGAUUCUGAGGUACCAACAGUCACAAAUAUCAACAUAUUAUUAAGUUUUAUCACGUACCUAUACAGGUCCAUGUUUUUACUCAUUAACAAAUGAUUGGGCAUUUAAGUGUUCUUGAAAUUAAGGUUCCAUCGAUCAUUGUCGGCUCUGGUACUACAUGUACUUAAAUGUACCCCGGGUACUCUUAAGUAUAAUUAAAUAUACCAACACGUACUCGGCCAAUUUAGACUGUACCCAAGUUGUAUUCCCUCCAAAAAUCCGAUGUCCUAAAACGCGCUCAGGAAUAAGCAACAGAAUUCAUUUCGAAAAAACCUGUCUCAACAUCCUUUUUGUAGUAUGAGUUUUGAUAGUAUAGAGGUCAUUGUACAAAAUAUUGACAUAAAUAUGACCAUAAUUAUUUUGGGGGAAAAGCCGACAACGACCAAUUUAGCUUAAGAAUUCCCGGGUACGUUUUAUUAUAUUUACCGUACCUGGGGUACGUUUACAUAUACUUAAGAGAACAUGGGGUAAAUUUAAGAAGUACUCAAGCUGAUAAUGACCAAUCAAGCGAAAUUAAGGGUGUUUUAUUACCAACAUGCUUUUUGGUUGUAUAUACAUGUACAAAUUGUUAACAACAUAUUAAUAACUAUUGUUAUUACUGAAAAUUUGCCAUGUGUUAAAUAUAAGUUAUUAGAAUUACCCGUACCAUUAUUAUGUGCAAUAUAGUUUGAAUCGUCCAGUAUGUUUAACUCAACUGUGUGCUAAUUAUUGUAUUAUUUUGCAUUACUUUAUUUUGCUGUGCUUUAUUGUGAUAUUAAUAUUACUUAAUUGUAUUGAUUGUAUUGCUGUUGUUUUCUUGCAUAAAGUCCAUUCAAUGUAUAAGUAUGCAAAAAGUGUAAUGUUGCCAUUUUGAGAUUGAUUUUAACUCUCAUAUCAUACAUCAGUUUGUUUUGCUUUUGUCUGGCUACGGAUUAUUCAAAGUAUUGAUUGGAUAGUAUACAAAUAUGACUGUACAAACUUAAAACAUAAAAGUGAUACCAUGCAAUGCACAAUAACAUGUAUGAACCUACAACUUUCGCGUUCCCUUGAUUUUGUACAGCUAUGAAACAGGUAAUUUUGAUAUUUGUUUAAUCUUUUUCUUGGGAAGUGUAAGAACAAGCCUAUGCCAACAAACUUUUGAUAAUUCGUGUACGUACAGUUUUUAAGUUUAGAAUUCAAUAAUGUUAUCAGCUCAUCUGCUCCUUUCCUGCCAAAGCCAAGGAUUUAACUGGAGACCUGUUGUUGGGUCCAUAUGUAUUUUUUUAGUUGUUGAUUAAAUGUCUGUUUGUUUUUUGUUAUAUGCGUUGCUAAGUUUGAUUUUUAUAAUAAAAGGUAAAAUUUU